CAAUGCAUUAUUGAUAAUCAUAAUUACUCUGACAUGCGCAUUCCGGGCCCUGGGAGUAAUUUCCCAACUCUAGGAAUUUGUUGUGAAGAAGACGACGAAGACGAAGAAAAUAAUUGCUACUAUUUUGCUCCCGAUGCGUGUGGCGCACCAUGUCGAGGCGCAAGCAGGCGAAGCCCCAGCACAUCCAUUCCGACGAGCAGCAACCCCAGGAUGUAGCGAAUGGGAAUCCACAAGAUGCCCCAGGUGACAGAGGUGAUGAAAUGAGUUCCAAAAGGUGCCGGACGGAGGAAACCAACAUCUGUGACAAAUGCUGUGCAGAGUUCUUUGACUUCUCUGAAUUCCUUGAGCAUAAGAGAAAUUGCACUAAAACACCACCUGUCCUAAUCAUGAAUGACAGUGAGGGAACCAUGCCAUUGGAAGGUUACCCUGACAGUUCCUCGGGGACUUUCCCGAGCAAUCGAAUGGACAGCGGAAUGGCCAAGGAGAGUCAUGUGAAGAAUUGCUCUCCUGUAGAAAAGAGAGAAGAGAAAGUGGACACCAGAUCAGUGGGAGGGAUAUAUCAAAAAACCGAGCCCUCUGCUCCUCCCACAACCCACGGGCUAAGCUAUCUACCAAAACCCAAAGUACCCAACACUAACGUGACUUUGCAGACUAUCCGUGGCACUAAAGUGGCAGUCAACCAGUGUACCUCGGAGACCAUCUCCCCAUCAACAGCUAGCCUUAAUGCUAUUCCUAUGAUCCUUGAGCAACUGGUGUGUCUGCAACAGCAGCAGCUCCAGCAGAUACAGCUGACAGAGCAAAUCCGUGUCCAGAUAGCGAUGAUGGCCCCCCACGUCUUGCAUCCUUCAAUAGCGGCAGCGGCGGCUACUGACUCUCUCAAAGCCUUGGGUGCUCACAUGUCUCAACAGCUGUCAGCUGCUGUGGCUUUAAUUGGGCAGAGAGCUGGGAACCAAAGCCUAUCACUGGAAUCCUUGAAGCAAGGCAAACUACCUCAUGUGAACGUGGGCAUUCCAGCUGUCUCUGUGGCCAGUGGGCUCACGUCCGCUGCCAUCUUGAAGCCCGAUGCAAACCGAAGCCUGCAAAACUCUGUCUCCCGUUUCGCAAGCCCUUUGCUACCUCAAUCGCCCGGUUCGGUCAUCUUCCAAAACCCGCUGUCUGCCGUCUCCCCCAUGGCUGACCCUUCUAAGAAAGGGAAAGGCAAGGUGCCCAAUGUUAACGUGUCUGAAACCAAGCCCACCGCCGAAGAGACUUUCUUCAAACACAAGUGCAAGUUUUGUGGCAAGGUUUUUGGCAACGACAGUGCCCUCCAAAUCCACCUCCGCUCCCAUACCGGCGAGAGACCCUACAAGUGCAACAUCUGUGGCAAUCGUUUUACGACCAAAGGCAACCUAAAAGUGCAUUUCCAGCGACAUAAAGACAAGUAUCCUGAGAUCAAAAUGAAUCCUUAUCCAGUCGCAGAAGAGCUAGACAACGUUCCCACCGAGAGUGGUAUACCUCACGGGAUGUCUGUUCCCCUUGAUGAAUCCAACCUUAUAGCAGAUACCAAGCCUAUUUUGACGGUUCUGCCUACCUCUGCAGGCUUACCUCGGAACACUUGCCACCUAGUAAACAGCAAGGAUUCUUUUAGUGGUCCCCUUCCAAGUGACAUACAGCCUAGGCGUUCUCCAGAAAGUGAAGGGGGUUCCUCCUCUGGUCCAUCAAGUCACGAAUCAGGGGUUGAGCAGAACAGGAGUUCUCCGCAAGCCAGGUGCAGCACGAGUGCUUUCCACAUUGGCCGAACUGGUGAGCAAGGUUCUGAAACCACCAAACUCCAGCAGUUGGUGGAGAACAUAGACAAAUCCUCGGCUGACCCCAACAAAUGUUUGAUCUGCCACCGAGUCCUCAGUUGCCAGAGCUCCCUCAAAAUGCAUUACCGCACCCACACGGGCGAGAGGCCAUUCAAGUGCAAGAUCUGUGGCCGUGCCUUCUCUACCAAAGGCAACCUUAAGACUCAUUACGGAGUGCACCGUGCCAACACACCAUUAAAGAUGCAGCACUCCUGCCCCAUCUGCCAGAAGAAGUUUACAAAUGCAGUAGUUUUGCAGCAGCACAUCCGUAUGCAUAUGGGUGGACAAAUUCCUAAUACCCCUGUCCCCGAAAGCACCCAUGAUAGUGCUGAUGUGGAGACUACUGUAGUUGAGAAAAAUGGAGAUCCAUGUUGUCCGCAAAGUAAGAUAGAAACUAUGGAAGUGGAAGGAGAGCUGGACUCACUGGAAGGACCACCUCAGUCUUCUAAACCCCUCGCGCCCUGCAGUUCUCACAGUGAUCCUCCAGGCUCAGUGUUUUCCAGCAUUUCGGUGCUUGAAAACCAGAUGAAGAUAGUGAAUUCUGCUUUGACCUUACAGCGGCAAAACAGCCUGAAGUCCAGUGAUAACGGCUCUGCAGAAAGUGAUGGUAUGACCAAUGACUCUUCCUCAGGGGCAGGUGAUGCAGACUAUCCGAAUGGCAGCCGCAGUCCUGUUGUCUCUGAGUCGGCUUCAUUUCUAGCAUUGUCUCCAGCCAAUAGUCAAGCAGAGAGCAGCAGGUCGAAAUCUCCAGGUUUUGGCGCCCAAGAAGAUGGUGUGGUGGGAAGUAAGGCUGAAGGUCCUGAAAUUCAUCCUGUGGAAAAAGAUAGUGCUUUGGAUCUCACCUAUGCAAACGUCAGUCGCAAGGUUAUCAAAGAGGAACCUGGGUUACAUUUCCCAAAUGGAGAGUAUGGCCAAAACAGCGUCCAUGCGGCGUUUGUCAGAGCACCCCCAGCCCUUAUAAAAAUGGAAGUUCCUAGCGACCGUCCCAUGAGCGCGACCCGUUUUAUUGGGCCCCCUGCAUUGUCACCUGGUGUGCCUCCUGGUUUGGUGCCGCUCCCUCGCCGUACUGCCAGGCAGCAUCUCUGCACUACCUGUGGCAAGAACUUCUCAUCAGCAAGUGCUCUUCAGAUUCAUGAGCGGACUCACACGGGGGAGAAGCCGUUUGCGUGCAGCAUCUGUGGAAGGGCGUUCACUACAAAAGGGAACCUCAAGGUCCACGUUGGAACUCACAUGUGGAGCAACUCUGCACGACGUGGAAGAAGACUCUCCAUCGACAACCCCAUGGCUCUGCUCAGCAGUGAUCCCAAGAAGGUGUCAGAGAUGUUUCCUAAGGAAGUUGUGCCUGCCUCAGUCAGUCUCGAUCCUGCCACAUGGAACCAGUAUACUGCGGUGCUCAGCAAUGGCUUAGCCAUGAAAACCAAUGAGAUUUCUGUAAUCCAGAGUGGGGGCAUUCCUUCUCUUCCAGCCACAAUUGGGGGAGGGCCAGCAGUCAACAUAGCAAUGAAUUCCGCCACAGUCUCACAGAUGGAUGGUUCCCAGUCUGCCAUUGGCUCAGAGGUGGAGAAGCCUAGCAGCACUGCUACAGACAAUGUGCCCAAACGCCAAUUCCCUCACUAUAUGGAAGAGAACAAUAUUGCUGUUAAUUAAAAAGAAAAUGAAGAAGACUUGGGAGAAGAUGGAAUGGAUUUUUAAAAAAAAAACAAAGAGAGAUUGGUAUAGAAGCGUAUAUAUAAAUAUAUAUUUUUAAGAGAUUACACCUCAAGUAUCAUUAUUUUCCUACUGACGUGCAAAUGAUUCUAUGGUUGUCUUUGUAUGAGUUGCCCAGAGUACAAUCAUGCCGUUGUUAUGCGCAAAACAAUAGUGAAGCCAAUUUAGGAUCAUUGGAAAGAUGCGGGUCUUGCAAAGAAUUUCUUGUGUGGGUGACUUUAAUGUGUAAAACCUUAGACGUUUUGCAACAUGAAAUUCCAAAGGUUAUCACAUUUACCUCAUUUUUUAGGGGGGGGGAGUUCUUGGUGUUUCUUGUUUUGUUUUUGUUUUCUUGCAUCAAACCAUUUGUGACUUUGAGCCAAGGAGACUCUUAAGUUAAUGGUCAUUAAGAGGGGAUGUGGCACUCCUGGAGUUCAUGACAGAUACAUGGAAGUUAAUUAUGCGGGUAAAUAUCCUAGAAUGCCGCCCUUUUAGAGUAGUAUCUAUUUUUGUUUGUUUGUGAGAAUUCUUUUUUUAAAAAAUAAGUUUUUGAAUGUAAUAUAAUGCCUGUUGAACCCACAAAUCUAAUUCAUCUGGAAGAAUGCCAUUUGAAAGCAACGUUGCAUUUUUAAACUGACUGUUAUCCAUGAGAAAUCGUAAUUACUCUGUAUUGAUGAGUGCUGCUUAUUUAAAUACUACAUGGACACAUGCCACAUGCACGCCACCAUCUGUAGAACUGUGCCAAAAAGUCUAACGUUUAACUGGAGUUGUUCUCCCCGAAUAGAUAUACAGAAUGGGGGCAGCAUGUUGGAAUAGCUUCGAAAUCAAGAAACGGCAACGGGAGCGGGAGGGCGAACUUCCUUUGUAUAUACUGUCAAAAGGGAAUCAAAUGCUGAGGAGGGUUGUGUUCUUUUGAAUGUUCUGCCAGGAAUCUCAGGUGACUGCAUUUUGGAAACAUUUCCCUUCCUGCGAAUAAGUCUUUCCUUCAUACAUGCAUCUUUGAUCUUCGUAGGGUUCCCCUUCCUCACCCAACCCCCAUUGUUUAGUGAUGAAUCUAUCAAAGUCUGUAUUCAAGAUGAAGUACGUCUCUUGGAGACUAUGUUCUUUUGUUACAGCAUUUCCACUUUAGAAAUGUGGGGCACAAUCCACCCAGAUGUUAACCUGCACAGGUUUCAUCUUCCUGUGCAGGAAAUCCGGUUCGUUUCAAUUGAGCUUAUGUCGAAGAAAUUCUUGGGGGGGGGGCUAAGUUUCCUCUGGACUUUAUAUAUUUGCAUUUUGGGGGGCAGGGGGACCAAAAUAAAACCUGAUGGCAUUUGUAUUGUAUGAAGGUUACUGGGAUGGCCCGCUGGAUUCUUAAGUUAUCUACCUCAUUAUUAUUAUUAUUAUUAUUGUUAUUAUUACUAUUUUGUUCUUUUGUAGUGCUGAGUGUCUAUUUUUCUAUAAAAUAACCACUGUAAUGAGCUUGAGAUCCAAGCAGGGGCUACUGUGCACUAUUUGAAUCAAAAUAUGAUAUACUGCUAGGAAUAUCUGAAUUUGUUUUGUCAUGUGUGUUGUGGGGUGGGCAGAGUAUUUUGUGUUUGGUUUUCCCACCCCCCCAACUCUCCUCUUUGUAUCUGCAGGAUAUCUCUGUGGGUUGAUGUAAAUCUACAUUGGAAAAUGUAGCUAACCAUUUGGUAUUAAAAGGACUUGAAUAAAAAUGUGUCUUUUUUUCUCACUUCAGAGUCCAGCUUUGCUCAUGCAGAAGGCCCAAGAAACAGUGCAUUUAUUUUUAAUUCUACCCCCUCAAACUACCCUUACUUGUAUAAUUUUGUUGCACCUGAACCAUUUUUAAAUGUGUCUCCCAAGUGUUUUAGUUUAUUUUAUUUCACUUAGAAUGAAUUUUUUUUUGCCAAGUUGUGCCUUUCUUGCUGGACUUUGUAAAGUAAGAACACAAUCUGUUUACACUGUAAAAUGGAUCUUGUUACAUGGAACAUACCAAAGUUGCAUCCCAAGUUCAUGUCUCUUCUUACAUUGUGAAUGUAUGAACUUUUAAAGCAAAUUCUGUGUAGUGUUACAUUUUGUUUUUGUCUUACCUACUGAUGCAUUUCUGUUGAUGAUAUGAGAAUAAAUUUGGGAUGACUUUUUCACACUUGAUGCACCUCACCUUCAUUUUUGUUGCAUUGCUGCAGCACUUCCAAUAAAC